AUGAGUUUGUUAAGUGCUGUGUUACAAGAAGCCAAUAAAGUUAAUACGGAUGAUUUGAAGAAACAUCGCGAUCAAAUAUUGCCGACAGUUAAAGAUCUUACGGAACGACUCCAACUCUUAUCUUGGGCAUUACAACAGAAUAUCAUAGAUACUUAUGUUAAUUUUACAGUAACAAAGAGUUUAGAACAGUUAAAUUAUAAAAAUCGAAAAGCUAAGAUUCUGGAAGACCAUUCAAAAUGUAUUCAAGAAAUGGAUAACAUAAAAGAAAUGUUUAUAAAUGAUGAAGAUUUUCGCACUCAUUGCGAUAAAUUACAUAAGUCAUUUAGUAUAUUUAAUGAUUUAUGUACUGUUGUCGAUGGUAAACGUAUAUUAGAGAAGGCAAAUCACGAAUUUACACGUUUUAAUUACACAGAAGCAGUGUUAGCCGUGAAACAAUUGAAACUUGAUCUAAACAAAUUAAAACUUGACGGAAAAAUGGUGAAAGCUUUAAGCAACAUCAAUGCACAAGCUGAAAACCAGCUUGCUUUGUAUAUUGCACAGUUGAGUGUUGAGUGGGAGAAUAUUUUUACAUGGUCAGAGAAUAAAGGACUAACAUUUUUGACCUACUCUCUUUCCAUUCAACAAAGUGACCCGAUACUACUCCAUACAAUAUUAAAUACUUUAUAUAUCACUGAUAGAAUGUACGCUGAACUUGGUUUAUUUUCCAAUUUCUUUAUAAAUAACUUAUUACACAAUGUUAUAAGACACAGUUGUGAUAUUUUCACUGAAGACCACAUAGGUGCCAUAGUGUUCAACAUAAAGGUCAAUUUAAAUGAUCCGAAAAGGCCCAAUUACCAAACAAUUUUCAAUAAUUUAACAGCCAUCUUUGAGUUUCUCCAUUCAACAUUAGGUUCACAUUUUAAAAGUGAAAAAUCAUUUAUAGAAAUUUUUGCGGAUACAUUGAGACAAAAAUUCUUUAGUAAAAUUAUAGAGGACUGCAUUCGGAUGAACCUACCGUCAUGUGAUAGCACAUACCAGAAUUAUAAGAAUAUUGUAAUUGAAUUGGAUUCAUUUAACAAAUUCCUGGUUGAUCUGAAAUUUGUGAAAGCAGAUGAAUCUCCUCUCAAUAAAUACAUCGAUGAUACCGAAUGUGUGUUAUACAAUAAGAAAUGUGACAAAUUAUUGUCCGAUGUCCGUAUGUUACUUAACAAAAGCCUUUCGUACAGUACUAUCACUGUAGGGUCCGCACCGAUAGACGAAAAUGAUUCUAUAUUGGAUGUAACUGAUAACAGUGCUAUUUGGGAUAUUAAUAAACCAUUGUUUCUGCCGAGAUGUGUGAUUUCUCAAAACGUUAAAGUAGUUGUCUCUUUGAUAGUAGAACAUUUAGAGGAAAGUGCAAAAUUGCCAGAAAAAUACAGUAAACAGCUCAUUAGUUAUGUGAAAGACAUUGCAGUCAUGUACCAGAGCUUUGUGCCUAAGAAGUUUAAAAUUAACUUGGAGUGCUGUCCUUCAGAUAUUGCUCUCUUCUUCAACAAUUGCUUUUACCUGGCUCACAGCUUGCUAGGACCACCUUGGUGUAUCACUUUGCCUAAGGACAUAGCUAAUCAGCUGAACAUAAUACUCUUGGAAUGCAUCCAAGAUCUCAGGGUGUUGGGCCUGGAGAAGAUCUCCUUGUACUUGCAGAGAGAGAAGAGUACUAUCAUGCAGAGCAUUGAAGCCAAUGGAUCAUCCUGGACCCACGACUCCUACGAGCAAUUCGACUGCGCAAUUAACACCGCCUUAGCGUUAUUGAAAGACCUGAAGUGUUCUUGGUACAACGUUCUGCCGAAUCGCAUGUAUGAAAUGUCCAUGUGUACGCUAGUACAAGUGCUAUGCCAGUCGAUGUUAGACCGGGUGUUCGCGGCCAUCAAGCCAGUGAGCGAAGAACUGGUGUACAUGCUGGCUAUGAGGGUAGACAACACUCUCGCUGAUGUUUUAACUUUAUUUGAGGAACCCAUUCACUUCGAAUCAAAGAUGAACAUAUGGGCGAAAUUCUCCAAACUACCGAAUCUGCUAAGAGCUCAACUGUUGGAGAUAUCGGACUUGUGGAACAAUGACAGGGACCAAUUCCAGGGUUACAGCUGCGAGGAAGUACGGCAAAUUGUCAAAAUGAGAUUCCCCGAUGAUAAAUAUAGGCUUAGAAUUUUAAAAGAAAUACAGUGA